GGCCACGGACAGCAAGGGGCGGGGCAGGGGCGGGGGGCGGAGAGAACGCAGCGCAGCAGUCGGAGCCGGCGGCUCCAUCCAGCACGGAGCGCGUCAACAAUCAGAACUACGACCACGGUCAGUCGACCGCGACUACCACCACCACCACCACCUUGGUUCUCUCCAGCACGGCUCGUGCGCAGCGAGGAUUAACGCAGAGGGGCUCGGCACUGACGGAGGAGAAGCCAGAAGUAAUCAUCCAAACACAAUGACCUUGUGCCAUUCCUCUAUUCCUCGACUCCAUCACAGUAAACACAUAUUUAAAUUUUAGACUUCAUCGCGCAAAACAUCAGCAAACAAAAACCAAACGAUGCUGAUAAUGGACUUAGCGAAGACUGCCAUGCGUAAAUAAAAGACGUGGAGAACUACAACAGACAACUACCAAGGAAUCGGUCGGUAGUUUUCCUGAAAAAAAAACAGAGGGACAGCGUCUGGCGCAAUACAGUCGGGCGCACAGCCUCAACUGGCUAACAUCCUCUUCAAUCUCCCUCACCACUCACUCUCCUCACUAGCCCACGCCACCUGCGAACCCUGACGCGAUGCUGCCCAUGGACCACAGUCCCACGACUGGCGUGGUGACGGUCAUUGUCAUCCUGAUAGCCAUCGCUGCUCUCGGCGCGCUCAUCUGCGGCUGCUGGUGCUACCUGCGCCUGCAGCGAGCAUCGUGUCCCUCCGAGGACCAGGAGAGCAUGGUGGUGGAGCCGGGCCGGUACGAGGGAGGCCUCAACGCCGGCGGUGUUGGGGGAGGACUGGGCAAAGGCAGCAGCCGGGAGCCUUUCCUCAUGGUGCAAAUGCCGGCCAAGGGGCCGUGUCCGGAGCGCCAGGCCAUCCUCAUCUCCGACCAGACAGGUGGUGGCGGCUAGACAACACCGUUUUACGAUGGUGGCCCAAAACGACCGUUACAACUACCACUUUGGAAACGUGCCGACGCCUAAAGUAAAAACGACCAAACCAACCGUUUAUUAUAAGUUAGCAUAUCCAGUCCCCACCAUGCUGUCGUACACACUGUAGAAUCUCUUUGCAGAAUUUACAAACCCGUAAUGCUUCGACAACCACAUUCAAAUGACAGAAGAGGAAACUUUAAGUCCAUCUAUAUUUAAAAUCGGAAGCUACAAGACAUCUAGCACAAAUACCGAUCAGAGCUCAAUAGACAGUCUAUAUCACCAUAAUGAU